AUGGCCUUUAGCCGGCCUUCGCUUGAUUCCAGCAAGGGCCCUUCAUGCUCUGAAUGCCUUGAAUGCAGUGAAUGUGGUGCUGUGGUGGGUGACACCUGCAUGAGGAUGCCAAUUAUCAUGUUGCGUCUGGAAAGUUGCUCGCCCGUACGUCGGCAAAUUGGCAACAGCUGUUUUUGCUCACAGCGGUUUGUCAAAGUGCCGCAUGCUCCCAGAAUGGGGAUCACACUCUCUUGUGUUCCGCACUUAGAGGGUGACAUGCUGGGCUGCCCUCGGCAGCACUCGGUUGCCAGCUCUUCCACCACGGACCUGUCGGACUGCGACGAGGACCUGGACCUGGGCAACCGCUUCCACUGGGUCCCUCCAAAAGGAUGGGACGAUCAUGCUCGCAAGCUGCGCAUUUGUGCUCGCAACAGCCUGCACUGGCAGGGCGACGCACCUGUGCCUAUCGCACCAACAGGCAGCGCCUGGCUGCUUCCCUGCAGUGAUACACUGUCGCUGAGGAUUGCCAAGCUGCAAGAGAUGCUGGUGAAGGCUGGCUGGAAGAUCAUUACGUCUCCGCCGCACGUCAUCGAGAGUCUGGGCAACAAGGCCAACCUCCCGCAUUAUGCGGCCAAGAUUGGUAUGGCCGAAUUUCUGCCUCAACAUUAUGCAUCGCCGGAGAGAGCCGUGUAUCCCUGUGUGCUGAAGCCAGCCAAGGGCGAGUAUGGGGCCAACACUUGGAUCUGCAUGAGCAGAGACGAUGUGUAUAGGAACACUCAUAAUUUUUCGACCACAGCUUGGGUACUUCAAGAGCUCGUCACGGGCAACGUGGAGUUCUCGGUCUCCUUGCUUGUGUCCCGCGGUGUCAUACUGGAUGUGGUGGGAAUGAGAUACAUCUACGACAGGCCGGAAUAUAUUUGGCCAGAUGUCAAGGAGUUGCGGAGAGGGCUGUGUGAAGUGCCCAUGAGACAUGUGGCUGCCAUGGCUCGCUUCAUUCUGGAGUAUGAUGGAAUCCUCAACUUCAACUACAAGGAACGCCCAGAUGGGCGAAUAUGCAUUUUUGAGGUGAAUACCCGGAUCGGCGCAGAUCUGGGCUGCGAUGCUCCGCGGGAGCGGGCGCGACAGCUCUUCAACCUGCUCGCCCGGAGAUGCGAUAGCGUAGGCUCCUUGAGGGAGAUCCGCGGAAAGAAAGCGGCGACCUGCGCCGAAGCGUUGGAGUUGUCCAAGACGGCGCGCGUUUGGCAGGCUGUGCAAGCUCCGGAGAUGGGCACGAAGCCUGAGACACCAGAGGUAGCUCCUCAGGCAAAGAAGCGCAGCGGACGCGGAAAGGGCAAGAAGGACUUUGAAGCUGCGAGCAGCACCCCCUUGGCUGUCGGCGAGCUUCUCGGAAACACUGCGGUCUUGGAUGCUUUGGCUGAGGUUCGGAGGGACGGGGCGAAGAGCCAAGUGCUGUUGAGGGAUGUCCUGACACAUGUGGCAGAGUUGGCUCAAGACUCUGAAGGCAGCCGCUUCCUGCAGGCAAAGUUGGAGACGGCCAAUACCGCCGAGCGCAGAGAGGUCUUCGAAGCUCUCCUCCCAAAGAUGGAGAUGCUGGCGGGGGAUUCUUCCGGAAGCGCCGUGGUACAGAAGCUUCUUGACAUUUGCACUCCUGACCAGCGCCGUGCCAUCGUGGAGAGGUUCCGUCAGUCUGUCGUGAAGCUCUCGCUGAAGAUGCAUGGCUGCCGCGUCAUCCAGAAGGCUUUCCAGGUGUGCCCACCCGAGCUCCAAUCCAUGCUUGCGGGUGAGCUGAAGAACGGUGUCAUCGAUUGCAUCAAAAGCAUGCACGGCAACCAUGUCGUCCAGAAGUGCAUUGAGCAGAUGCCGCCAGAGUCUGUGUCAUUUGUGGUGGAAGCUGUGGAGGACAAGGCAGAGGCUAUGGCUGCUCACAUCUAUGGCUGCCGCAUCAUUCAGCGGUUGCUGGAGCAUUGCACACCAAAGCGAUUGGAGAGGAUGCUGCAGCAGAUUCUUCGUAGUAUCAGGAAGUUGUCGACAGAUCCGUAUGGCAAUUAUGUUAUUCGUCACAUCCUUGAGCACGGAAACCCUGAGCACAAAAAGUGCAUCGUGAGCGAAGUCUGCAACCACGUGCUCGAGUUGGGCAAAGACAAGCAUGCCAGCAACGUCGUUGAGAAGUGCUUUGAGGCCUCGACAACCGGCGAGCAUGCAGCCUUCCUCAAGGACGAGCGUCAACGCCUCAUCCGCGCAGUGCUUGGGCCCGUGCCGAAGGAUCCCACGGACCGCUCCUCGCCGCUGGUCCAGCUGAUGGACGACAGGUUCGGCAAAUAUGUGGCGAACAGCCUGGUGGAGUACAGUCGAGGACCUGAGGAGAUGAAGGUCCUCUACAGCCGCAUUGCUUCAGCUCCAGGGAAAAAGGCGAGCAUCACUUCGUUGCUGGAGAUGCUCGAGCGGCAGCUCCAACAGGCGCAAUACCAGCAGAUGACGGUGAUGCAGUUCCAGCCGAUGCGCAAGGCGGACAACCCUGUCACCGAUGACAUCCAGACCAGGCAGUACCGAUCACCUGAGGUCAUCAUUGGAGCUGCUUGGGACCAGACUGCAGACGUGUGGAGUGCCGCCUGCAUGUUCUUCGAGCUCGCCACGGGGGACUUCCUUUUUGACCCCAAGACGGGGGAUGACUGGGAUCGAGAUGAAGAUCACCUGGCUCUCAUCGCAGAGUUGCUAGGAGAUCUUCCAUCCAAGGAGUUCUGUUUGUCGGGGAAGUAUUCCAAGGACUUCUUCAACAACUCGGGCAAGCUGAAGCAUAUCAAGAACCUGAAGAGCAACCGGCUGGUUUGCGAAUGGGCCACCGGCUGGCAACAGAUGUGGCCUCUUUACGGGGUGCUGUCAGAGAAGUACAAGCUUUCACCAGAGGACGCACAAGAGGCCGCGCGCCACACAGCAUACCCCAUUUGGCAGAAUGCACCGCAGAUGACGGACUUCCUCAUGCCGAUGCUCUCUUGGCAGCCUGCCAUGAGGCCGGAGGAGGGCAUGGGUUUUGCGUGCAUCGCCCUUGCAGACAAGUCGAGCAGUGUGCUGACAUCCGUCCUGUACUUCCAACCAGACGCUUCAGCCGCUUCAGCCUACUUGCCAGCAGGCUUCGCAGGAUGGUUCAAAGGCAUAACACCUGAAGCACCAGACCCCUGCCCUUCAGCUGGUGUGGUUGAGCAGCGCAAGCAAUUCGAAGGCCAUGCUGACAAAUUAGAGGCACUACUUUCCGAGGAGCGCUGCCCAUUCAUCGCAGCGUUUUUUUCCAGUUCGUCGCCCCUCUCAUCACCGGAGUUGGCUGUCAUGGAGCAGAGACUUGCAUCCUCUUUUCCUAGAUUGAGAUAUGUUCACGUGGAGACUGAAUUCAUGACCAUUCGCUCAUUCUUACAGUGGGAUAUUGGCUUCCUGCCCGCCUACGUGAUGUUCUGGCCUGGUGAGAAGGGUGGACCUUCCAGCCGUGCAUGGCACCGCUGGCAGGGCAAGCAUGCGAACCCUUACGACUAUGGCGAGGUGUCCGCUUGGAUCACGCAGGUCACAGGCCUGCUGCCACAGAACGCCACACAGAUAGAAGUGAUCCCACCACCCCGGGAUGCCAAUCCUUGGCUUCUGGUCGGCUGGACACUAGUGGCUCUUGCCGUUCUGCACAGGGCUCUGAACUGGCAGCCCAUCUUCGGCUAG